GAUUACACAACCGAGCGACCAGCGAUAUCGCGGCAGAGGCAGGAUUACGAACGCCCACCGUUGAUUGCCAAAGCCGGAUCCACUGUAGCAACUUGCUGCAAUCUUAACGUGAAAAUGCGCUGGGAAAUUCCCUUUACUCUCCUUCUAUACGCUGUAUUGAUACCCUUUCUUUGCUCUGCCGCCGUUGAUCAAGGGGAGGAGGCAAAAGCUCUGGAAUUUCUCAAGAAAUACAACAAUGAGACUCGCUAUGCAGAUUACAAGUCUACUGUACGUUCGUGGAAUUACGCUACAAACCUCACAGAUUACAAUAGUAAACUGAAGACAAACGCAAGCCUUGCUUUCUCAGAAUUUUACAAGGGGAUGCGAGAGAACGCGUCAAAAUUCGACGUGAGCAAACUGUCCGACGACACCAAGAGGCAAAUCCAGUUUAUCACUUCCUCAGCGACACCCAAAGAUGAAGCCGUGUUGCGCAGAGUCACCGAGCUCGAAUCAACAAUGGAAGGUAUCUACAGCACUGGCAAAGUUAAAGACAGUAACGGUAAAAUGCUUGCACUGAACCCAGACUUGUACCGCAUAUUGGCGACAACACGCGAUUAUGAUAGACUUCAGUUUAUAUGGAAAGGCUGGCGGGAUGCGGUUGGCCCGAAACUGCGACCUCUCUACAAGGAAUUUGUGAAACUGAAAAACCAAGGCGCCAAAGAAAAUGGCUGGAAAAACAUUGGAGAGUACUGGCGAUCGUGGUACGAGGUUGAUGACUUGCAGAGCAUGGUUGAAGGCUUUUGGAACAAAUUGAAGCCCCUAUAUGAAGAGCUCCACGCCUAUGUGAGGUACCGGCUUAGCCAGAAGUACAGCAAGAUGAAAAAGACCGGUCCAAUCCCAGCGCACCUGCUAGGAAACAUGUGGGCGCAAUCGUGGGUAAAUAUUUACGAUCUCGUCGAACCAUACAAAGGCAAACCCAGCCUAGAUGUUACAGCUAACAUGGUAAAGCAAAACUACACUCCGCUGAAAAUGGUGCAACUCGCCGAGUCAUUUUUCAUUUCAAUUGGUUUGGAACCUCUCCCCAAGUCAUUCUAUAAUUUAUCCUUGAUCAGUAAACCUGAUGACAGAGAGGUCAUUUGUCACGCCUCCGCUUGGGAUUUCAGCAUCAACAAAGACGUCAGGUAAGGCAUCACAAUUUCUCCCUGCAUUCGAGGUUUUCAUUCCAGUAGUGUCGUUACGCAACGCUGGGGAGGAGUGUUGCGUGACGACACUAAAAACGGCUGCGAGGGAGACUAGCCUGUUCCAGGCGCUCACUAAAUAGUGGGGACGGUGCGACAAUCAUUUGUGAAGUGAACAGGAAAAGUGUAGAGGGCAAGCCAGUAUACAAAGCAUUUCCUACUAUCUACACAUGUAUACAUGUAGACCAAUGGUUUUGACGAUGCCCGACGCUAGGCUAAGUACACGGCUUCCUUAGGGGAGAGGGCAGAGGAGAUUCUAGGGGGAGGGGGGAGGGGUUCUCUCCUCUUUUCACUUCUCUCGUCCCCCUUUCCCCCGGAAGUGCCUGAUACUCAGGCUACCCCGACGCAGGCUUGAUUUGCGGCUAGGGGUUUCCUUUUCUUUCCUCCCCUCCCCUCCCCCUUCAAGCUUUCCUUUUUUGCUCCCGUUCCAACUUUCUCAACGACCUCGUGCAGAAACACUUGCUACACAGGCAGUUUUUCGUCGAGUUCCGUUUAUGUUUUGUUAAUUCGUUUUUUCGUAUUUUUCCUUUGUUAUUGUUCAUACUGAUGGCCUUUUCCCCAAAGCUUCACGAGGUUCUACGAUACACGCAUUCCCAGUAAAUUUCUAUAUAUUUCUAGUAUGAAUAUUAAAAAGUCAAACUAUGUAAUUUUUCGUCCAUACCAAAAAAACUCAACUAUGAUCCCCAGGUUAAUAUUUUUGACAAUGAAAGCAAUAAAACGGUUACCCUUGAACGCAAAAACUUUAUUAAAUAUCUUGGACUGUUAAUCGAUGAAAAUCUAUCUUGGAAGACCCAUAUUUUCUCUGUUGCAAAUAAAAUAAGUAAAACAAUUGGGCUAAUGGCGAGAUUAAGACAUAUUGUUCCCACUUGCAUCCUCUUAAAUAUUUAUCAGUCACUUAUUACACCUUAUCUAACUUAUGGUCUUAUCUCUUGGGGCAACGCGUGUAAAACUUUCCUUGACCAAAUUCUUGUCNUGAUACUCAGGCUACCCCGACGCAGGCUUGAUUUGCGGCUAGGGGUUUCCUUUUCUUUCCUCCCCUCCCCUCCCCCUUCAAGCUUUCCUUUUUUGCUCCCGUUCCAACUUUCUCAACGACCUCGUGCAGAAACACUUGCUACACAGGCAGUUUUUCGUCGAGUUCCGUUUAUGUUUUGUUAAUUCGUUUUUUCGUAUUUUUCCUUUGUUAUUGUUCAUACUGAUGGCCUUUUCCCGAAAGCUUCACGAGGUUCUACGAUACACGCAUUCCCAGUAAAUUUCUGUACAUUUCUAGUAUUUGAUGUGUUACCUUUUCAGAGUAAAGCAAUGUACCACGGUCACACAUAACUACUUAGUCACCACUCACCACGAGUUGGGCCACAUUCAGUAUUACCUACAGUACUGGGACCUACCAUUCGAGUACCGCACUGGUGCUAACCCAGGAUUCCAUGAAGCCGUUGGCGAUACCAUGUCACUUUCAGUCGACACACCACAACACUUGACGAAAAUUGGUUUGUUAGAGAACUACAGCGAUGAUGAAGGUACAGAUAGAAUACAUGACAUUAUUACCCGGCACAAUUUUCUCUUUUAAUUCAUAAGCCCUUGCUCAGAACGAUCUUCCCUCCGUGAAAUGCAGUAACCUCUUGGGCUAUCUAACCUCCAUAACAGGCGCUUUAUGAGCCAAGCGAGGCGAACGCGGCAUUUAUACAGGCUAGGGCUAUCCAGCGGAAAAACGUUUUCUCUUGUGAUAAAAAAUAUUGGAAGCAAUGCAUAUUCGCACUUUAUUUUAUUUUUUUAAUUAUUUUUUUCCAUAUUCGCUACUUUAGAAAAGAGAGGAAAACUGGUCCGAGUUAACUUUCGAAAAGACUCCUGGGACUGUUACGAAGGACAGGGACAAAAAUUAACCAAUAGCUGACAGGCGCGUCCACGAUCCCAGAAACAAUUGCGCAACGAACUUCAGCUCCAGUUCGCUUCUCGUACCUAAAGUGGCGAAUACUCUUGUUUUUGUCGCCGAUGUGACCGUUUUGCAGCCUGCGAGCAAGCUCUCCGGAGUGGGAAAAGGAAGAGAGCUUGCAACUACGUCUCUGAAAAUUAAAUUCCACCUCCUCUUGUAGCUGCCCGUCGACUGAGCUGUCAGAUUUCCGCCAAUCAGCGCGAAGCGGAAACGAGCGCGAAUGUAAACAAGCACUAAAAAACACGUGCCAAGGGUAAUAACGUCAUUACUAAUGUCAUCUCCGCCAAUCAGCAUUUCGCACCGACUUUUUCGAUGCAGAUUUUCAAAAUCCAGGGACGUAGUUGCAAGCUUCCCGCCAGAGCGCCCCGGAGAGCUUGCUCGCAGGCUACCGUUUUGUUGUUGCCAUUUUAUAUUUUUCCGCAGGCUCUCUCUUUUUGUGUUUUAUGUUUUGCCUUCCAAAUUCAGACCACGUGAUGUUCUUCAGGAAAUCUUCCUUUUUUUCUUUUCAUAUACAUAUGAACGUGCAUCCACGUGUAUAGGACGAAAUUUGAACAGUUGAACAGUUCUCUGGGGUACCAUCACGUGGUCUGAAAUGGGAAAGCAAAACAUACAAGUUAAAAUGUUCUAUUGUUUUUGACGAUUGGAAAAAAAGAAACAGCUCUCUCCUUGCCCCACCCCUGCCCCCUUUCUAAAGGGUUAAGCAAGCAGUAAUCACGAGAUUGCGAUCACUUACAGAAGUGGUGGGUUAACAGCUAUCAGGUUUCCAGUUAUUAAGGAAAGCAAUUAUCGGGUUUUUUUGCAAGCUUUUGCCUUACAGGAGGCUCGCUUAGCACUGGUUUGAUUAUAUGUCCGUUUAGAAUCUGAUAUAAACGCCUUAAUGAAGAUGGCAUUGCGUAAAGUGGCGUUCCUACCGUUCGGUUUUAUGAUCGACCAAUGGCGUUGGAAGGUUUUCAGUGGAGCUAUUACUGAAGAGAACUACAACGCCGAGUGGUGGAAGCUGAGGACUAAGUACCAGGGAGUCAAGCCUCCAGUGGAUCGUUCAGAAGAUGAUUUUGAUCCCGGAUGCAAGUAUCACAUUCCUGCAAACACUCCAUACAUAAGGUAAGCUACUUUAGAAGGAGCUGUGCCGCAAUAUUCAGUCGUUUUUUCUUUCCACCUGCAAAAUUUUCACUUAAAAAAAAAGAAAAAGUUAUGAAAUGAUCCCUGCAUCUUGAAAUCCCGGAAGCUUUUCUGAUGAGUCACUAAGGUUCUGUCCAGAAGUAUCCUUAUUCGUUAAGAGUAGAGGCGUUGACUCGGGUGUGGUGGUCUGUCUCAAAUACACACUCAUAUUAGAUCAAAGGGCAUCAUUACUCAUUACUUUUAAACUUAAAAACUGCACUAUGAGCAGUCUGGCAAGAGUCCCCAAAGCGGUGUUCUGAGAGUAGUAGGUAAUGUGAUAAUUACAAUUUACAAUGGCUUCUUUGCCAUUGUCCGGCAGGAAAGAAACGACACACAUCUACAUCCAUACAUCUUUGUAUUGGGUUAAAUAUCGACGGGGCAAAAGCCAUGUCACGUGGUUUCGAAGAGGCCAAACAAGUGAUGAAAUCUGCCGAUGUAAGAAAUCGCAGUGGAGUAUGUUAAUUCAUAAUUCUAGACAACAGAAAAUGAAGAUCCUUUUACCUUAAACACGAGAAUGGCAAAUUUAUGAGUGUAAGUGAUAACAUUUUUUGGGGAAUGUAGUUGCGAUCGCAGUUGUCCUCACAUCGUAUAAUAAAGCGGUAGAAGUUGUUGAAACUCGAACUAUACAUUUUGCACGACUAAUAUCGUUGUCUCGUUUUGAGAGAAUAAACAGACUCGACGGCGAUUGCACGUAUUGGCAAAUUUUAUCACUUGUUGCCCCCUGAAUUAUCAGGUGACAUCUCUCUUAUCCCGUCAGAUGCUAAAGCGCGUGCAGGGAUGAAUAAACGUUUCUUGCCAAAAAUGUUCAUAUCAAUGGCUUUUCACUUAACCUCGCUUUGAAACAGAGGCUUGGGACAAUUCAGGAAUGGCUUAUUACCCUAUGUAACUGAGAUAAAAUAACUGAAUCUUGCAGUUAAAGUUAUAUUAUUUUUCCUUUCAGAUAUUUUAUGAGCUUCGUUUUGCAGUUCCAGUUCCACAAGGCCGCUUGUAAAGAAGCAGGUCACAAAGGACCCCUUCAUACCUGCUCCAUCUUUAAUUCCACAAAAGCAGGGACAAAAAUUGGGUAA